AUUCAAGAUGGCGGCACUGGCGUCAGAAGCCGACUUGCCCUUCUCCAUCAUGGCGGUGACCGGACCCGCCUCCUUGGGUGCCAGUGUCAUGUGACCCACACAAUGGCUGAGAGCCUGUUCCAGGCUUCCCGGCAACGCCAAGGGAAAGUCAUGACGGCCGCCGCGGGUUCGGCGGGCCGCGCCGCGGUGCCCCUGCUGCUGUGCGCACUGCUGGCGCCCGGUGGCGGGUACGUGCUCGACGACUCCGACGGGCUGGGCCUGGAGUUCGACGGCGUCGGCGCUGUCAGCGGCGGCGGGGCAACAUCUCGACUUCUAGUAAAUUACCCAGAACCCUAUCGUUCUGAAAUAUUGGAUUAUCUCUUUAAGCCAAACUUUGGUGCCUCUUUGCAUAUUCUAAAAGUCGAAAUAGGUGGUGAUGGGCAGACAACAGAUGGAACCGAGCCUUCCCACAUGCACUAUGAGCUAGAUGAGAAUUAUUUCCGAGGGUAUGAGUGGUGGCUAAUGAAGGAAGCUAAGAAGAGAAAUCCCGAUAUUAUACUUAUUGGGUUGCCAUGGUCAUUCCCUGGAUGGCUGGGAAAAGGUUUCAACUGGCCAUAUGUGAAUCUUCAUCUGACUGCCUACUAUGUCGUGAGCUGGAUAAUGGGUGCCAAACAUUAUCAUGAUUUGGACAUUGAUUAUAUUGGAAUUUGGAAUGAGAGGUCAUUUGACAUCAGUUAUAUCAAGGUUUUAAGAAAAAUGCUGAACUAUCAAGGUCUCCAGCAUGUGAAAAUCAUAGCAAGUGAUAAUCUCUGGGAGCCAAUUUCUGCUGCCAUGCUUCUGGACACUGAACUCCUGAAGGUGAUUGAUGUUAUAGGGGCUCAUUAUCCUGGAACCCACUCAGUAAAGGAAGCAAAAUUGACUGGGAAGAAGCUUUGGUCUUCUGAAGAUUUUAGCACUCCAAAUGAUGAUGUUGGUGCAGGCUGCUGGGCCCGCAUAUUGAAUCAGAAUUACGUCAAUGGAUAUAUGACUUCAACAAUUGCUUGGAAUUUGGUGGCUAGUUACUAUGACAAUUUGCCAUAUGAGCGAUGCGGAUUGAUGACUGCCCAGGAACCAUGGAGUGGGCAUUAUAUAGUGGAGUCUCCUAUUUGGGUAUCAGCCCAUACUACUCAGUUUACUCAACCAGGUUGGUAUUAUUUGAAGACAGUUGGCCAUUUAGAGAAAGGAGGAAGUUAUGUAGCUCUGACUGAUGGCUUAGGUAACCUCACUAUCAUCGUUGAAACUAUGAGUCGUAGACAAUCUGAAUGUAUACGACCAAUUCUUCCUUAUUUCAACGUGUCCAAACAAUUUGCUACCUUUUUUCUUAAGGGAUCUUUUAGUGAAAUACCAGAGCUACAGGUGUGGUAUACUAAACUUGGAAAAUCAUCUGAGAGAUAUCUUUUCAAACAACUGGAUUCACUAUGGCUCCGCGACAGUGAUGGCAAAUUCACACUGGAACUUCAAGAGGAUGAGCUGUUCACACUCACCACUCUCACCACAGGUCGCAAAGGCAGCUACCCACUGCCUCCAAAAUCCCAGCCCUUCCCAUGCACCUACACGGAUGAUUUCGAUGAUGAUUAUCCAUAUUUUAGCGAAGCUCCAAAUUUUGCUGAUCAGACUGGUGUAUUUGAAUAUUAUACCAAUAUUGAAGAUUCUGGAGAGCAUCGCUUCACACUACGCCAGGUUCUAAAUCAACGACCCAUUACUUGGGCUGCUGAUGCAUCCAACACCAUCAGUAUCAUAGGCGAUUACAAAUGGAGCAAUAUGACUAUAAGGUGUGAUGUUUACAUAGAGACUCCUGAGGUGGGGGGUGUGUUCAUCGCAGGAAGAGUAAAUAAAGGUGGUACUUUGAUUAGAAGUGCCCAAGGAAUUUUCUUCUGGAUUUUUGCAAAUGGAUCUUACAGAGUCACAGGUGAUCUAGCUGGAUGGAUCGUAUAUGCUGCAGGACGUGUUAGAAUUAUGGAGAAAACAUGGUAUACACUGACAUUAACUAUUAAGGGUCAUUUGUCCUCUGGCAUGUUGGAUGGCAAGUCUCUGUGGAAUAACACCCAUGUAUUGUUCCCGAAGAAUGGCUGGGCUGCGAUUGGAACUCACUCCUUUGAAUUUGCACAAUUUGACAACUUUCACGUGGAAGCUGCAUGCUAAUACUGAACAUCACAGAAAACUCUUUGGAUAUCCUUUCUUUCUUUUUGGUUUUGAUUCAGAGCCCAUUCUUGUUUUGAUGGACCAAUAUAUGGGCCUUUGGAGGCUGAAAAUAAUGAGUAAAUGGGGAGAAUAAUAUAUUUUUGUUUGAUCCUGUGGAAGAUUUUCCUAGAACCAAUUGCAGAAGACUACAAAAAGAUCUUUAACACUAUCUACUGUGUCCCCUCAAUUCAAACUGCUCACUGGUCCUGUCCUUAGCAGUGGUUUGGGUGGUUCAGAUGUCAAAACCUUGGUGUUAAACUGAGGUAGCUCUCUCUCUGUUAUUUGCAAGUAGUCAUUCCAGUGGCUCUAAUGUGAUCACGCCAGAGAUAUUCGUGAAUACUGACCAUGUGUCUAAGUGAACUGAAAUUCCCGUCAUGAGACAGAGCUGCUACAGUGGGAAGCUGAAGAACACUGGAAGUGCUUAUUUUGAAAACCACUUAACACAUUAUCCUUACAAGAAAAUUAUUUUUCUUUUCUAAGAUGAUGCUUUUCAUGGCCUUUUCUUAGAAUUACAGGAAGAUUUGAAAAGUGCCUCAUUAAUAAACUACCUCUAGAGCUAUUUCUGCAGUAAUAAAUGUUAAUAGACUAACUGGGUUAUUUGUAUUCUUUAAUUCCUGUGAUUUCAGCUUUUAGUCUUAUAAUCCAUGUCUGUCUGUGAUCAUUUUCCCAGGUGGCUGGAAGAAGGAGGAAAAUGAAAUGUAGCCACUGCUCUAAGUGAGUCUAGAGUCAGAAUUAUAGUGGUUUCCCUGUGUCUCGUUUCACUGUGCCUUUUGUGGUCUGUCCCCACAUGUGGCACUGGGAACAGCUGAAAUACCUGAUGAAUGCUUUUAUCUCCUCAUGUGUAGAAGGGGAGGGCUCUUAGCUUUUUACUGUAGCUCACAGAAUUGGAUCAUCCUUUAAUGUUUGCUCAGUUAGAUGCACUUACUUUUUAAAAGUCUAAAUAUUUUUAAAUAUGGUAGAAUGUGUUUCUCAUGUAGUCUAUAUCUAAGCAUAAUGUUGCUGUCAGAAGAAAAUCUAAUAUUGACACGGGCAAAGUAAAUUCUGGAAUUCUUUAUAAGAAUUAUUCAUUGAACUGAUUCUACCACUUAGGAAUUUUUAAUGGUCUAACUAGGCUAAGAUACAAUAAAGUUUUACAUUAUUUUAGAAGACAAAAGCUAAUUACUGCAGUAAGUCAGAAAAUAGAGAAAAAUUUCAAAUUAAAACCAAGUCUAAGUUAUUUCCAGUUCAGAUCUCUAUAUGUUUUCAAAGCUAAUUUUGUAGUAUACUUUAUGAACAAUAAAAUGUUCUAAUUGAAAGUGUACAGUUCAAUGAGUUUUGAAAAAAUGAAAAACUCAUGUAACCAAUUCUUCAGUCAAGCUGUUGAACAUUUCCAUCACUGUGGAAAGUUCUCUUGUACACCCAUGCUGUCAGCUGCCCUCACUAUCAAUCUAGGCAUCAACUGAUAGGAUUUCUGUCAUUAUAGGUCAGUUUUUUUGUUUCAAAACAUCCAAUAAUGACAUCAUAUGCUAUGGACUACUAUGAAGGGUUUCUCUUUCUUUUAUUUUAAAGCUUUUAUUUAAUGAAUGCAUUUUUCAUAGGUACAACUUUAGGAAUAUAAUGGUUCUUACCCCCUUACCCACCCUCCUACCCCAACUCUCGUCCCAUCUAUUACUCCCUCUCCCAUCCCCUUCUUAAUUAUGGUUGAUUUUUAGUUUAACUUUCUAUACAGAGGACCAACUCUAUGCUAAGUAUAUAUAUAUAUAUAUAUAUAUAUAUUUUUUUUUUUUUUUUGACAGGCAGAGUGGACAGUGAAAGAGAGAGACAGAGAGAAAGGUCUUCCUUUGCCGUUGGUUCACCCUCCAAUGGCCGCCACGGCCGGCGCGCUGCGGCCGGUGCACCGCGCUGAUCCGAUGGCAGGAGCCAGGUGCUUCUCCUGGUCUCCCAUGGGGUGCAGGGCCCAAGCAUUUGGGCCAUCCUCCACUGUACUCCCUGGCCACAGCAGAGAGCUGGCCUGGAAGAGGGGCAACUGUCGCUCCCCCGCUUCGUGGAGGAACGACACAGGACCCUGCGCUGUUCUUUUGUCUGCUCGACCCUCCCCGGGUUUGCUGCUGGUUCUUCCCGGGUUGGCUACUGUCCCUUCCACCUCCGUGGAAGGGCAGUUCCCCCUGGCCACAUUCCCCACUUCCUCAGGGGAGUGGCACACCGCCGGCCGGCUCUCUCGGGGGCUGCACAGGUGUUCCCUUAGAUGUUCCCCUUAGAUGUUCCUGGUGCAUGCCAUCUCUCUCCUCCUUUAUAGUCCUCCUCCGCCAAUCCUAACUCGGCUGCCCACACGCCGAGUACGCUGCUCUCCUCCAAUCAGGAGCAAGUCCUACAGUUUAUUGGUUGAACUGGAGGCAGCUGCGUAGAAGCUGUUUUCUUCUCUCCCAGCGCCAUAUUGUGGGAGAGCAGAUGCACAGAAUAAGUCUUAAUUCCAGUAACUUAGUCUAGUCUGGGUUGCUCCCCACAGAUCCCCCUUUCUUUUUAUUUUUUGGCGUUGAUACACGCCUGUCUUCGGUGUCCCGCGGCACACACUCUGCUCUGCUUGCUAGAGUUGCCACAGGUUCUUACAAGUCCUAUCAAUCAGGCAAACCGAAUCCGGGUCCUCUCUUCGCCAUGUUGUGAGGAGGUUUUUAGGCGCUGAUGCGUGCCUGUCUUCGGUGCCCUGCAGCGCAUGCUCUGCUCUGCCUGCAGGGGCUUACAAGCCCUAACAAUCAGGCAAACCGAAUCCAAGCCUUCUCAUUGCCGUAUUGUGGGGGAGACUUAUUAGUGUUGAUAACGUGCCUGUCUUCGGUGACCUGCGGCGCAUAAGCUGCUAGCCGCCCGCAGGUGCUCAUCGCCUCACUAAUCAGGCAGACCGAAUCCAAGCCUUCUCAUUGCAGUAUUGUGGGGAGGCCUUUCUAUUUCUCUAUUUCUCUAUCUCCGGGCAUUCCUAUUUCUCCCAUUUCACUUCUAUCUUCCAGCAUUCCUAUUUCUCUCAUUUUACUUCUAAAACUUCUGUUUCUCUUAUCCCUGCGGCCUCCCGGCACCCGCCCCAAGGCUGCCUCUCGGCGGCUUCCCGGCUGAGCCGCUUCAGCCCGCGCCUCUCCCAUCCGCGCGGCUCGGCUUUGCGCGCACACUCCGUGGUCUCGCACUAGCCCAGCGUUCCCUAUCUACUUGUGCCCCGCACGCUCUCUCUGCGCACGGCAGCCUCCACGAGUCACACAGCGUAGCUUACGUCUCCGCCACUAGCAUUCAAUCUAAGUUCCCCAGGCUAACCUGGCGAAUUCAACCCAGCUCACGUCUCCGCCCCACGAUUUGGCUACCUGUCCUUUGCUCCCCGGGCUAAUCAGACGGAUCCCAACCGGGCUUACGUUUCCGCUUCUGGUUUUAACUUUUCGCCCCCUAACCCCGGGCUAACCUGAGAAUCCCAAAGUGGCUUUCGUCUCCGCCUUGGCCUGCCCCCCGCGGCUUCAAUUUCCCUAACAUUUUUCUCUACCCGGUAUGUUUCCCCAAGCUUUCCUCCAACAAUACUCCUCCCCCAUUUCUCCCGGCCUCUCCCCACAGUCCGCAUCCAAGUCUGUUUGUUCUAGCUUUCACUUUCGCUUUCAACCUUAGAGAUUUCUCCCAGCUUCCCCCCGUAGUCCGUAUCUGAGUCUAUGCCUAGGCUUUCAAUAGCUCCUUCCGGCACCUUUUUCGUCCGGCUUUUCCCUAGGCUGUUUGCUAGUCUCUCUCUCCAGUAUUUUCCACUUCUUCCCGUUUCUUCCCUCCUAAGUUUCCUAAUCCGUCCUAGGUUUCCUUUCCGAGUCACGGCACCAUUAUGUUGCUCCCCCUCUUCGUGGAGGAACGACACAGGACCCUGCGCUGUUCUUUUGUCUGCUCGACCCUCCCCGGGUUUGCUGCUGGUUCUUCCCGGGUUGGCUACUGUCCCUUCCACCUCCGUGGAAGGGCAGUUCCCCCUGGCCACAUUCCCCACUUCCUCAGGGGAGCGGCACACCGCCGGCCGGCUCUCUCGGGGGCUGCACAGGUGUUCCCUUAGAUGUUCCCCUUAGAUGUUCCUGGUGCAUGCCGUCUCUCUCCUCCUUUAUAGUCCUCCUCUGCCAAUCCCAACUUGGCUGCCCACACGCCGAGUACGCUGCUCUCCUCCAAUCAGGAGCAAGUCCUACAGUUUAUUGGUUGAACUGGAGGCAGCUGCGUAGAAGCUGUUUUCUUCUCUCCCAGCGCCAUAUUGUGGGAGAGCAGAUGCAUAGAAUAAGUCUUAAUUCCAGUAACAGUCUAGUCCGAGUUGCUCCCCACAGGCAACCGGGCUAAGUAUAUAUUUUAGCAGUUUGCAUCCACUCACCCACCCACACACGCACACAUACACAAUAUAAAGUACAGUUUGAGAACAAGUUUUGCAGUUAAUUCUCAUAGUACAACUCAUUAAGGACAGAGGUCCUAUAUGGGAAGUAAGUGCAUGUGACUUCUGUUGUUCAUUUAAUAACUAACACUCUUAUUUAUGAUCUCAGUGAUCAUCCAAGGCUCUUGCCAUGAGCUGCCGAGGCUAUGGAAGUCUUUUGUGACCACAGACUCCAUCAGUAUUUGGACAUGGCCAUAACAAAGUGGAAGUUCUUUCCUCCCUUCAGAGAAAAGUACAUCCUUUGAUGGCCCCUUCUUUCCACUGGGGUCUCACCGAGAUCCUUCCUGUAGGAUAUUUUUUGAAGGGUUUCUCUUAGCAGGGUGCUUUUAUUUAUGACUGUUAGAAAAUUUUAUUUUAUUUAUUUUUUCUAAAAAAUUUUAUCUAAGUUAUACAAGUUUCAUGUAUUUCAUAUAUACAGAUUCUUUUGAGUUGUCCAUUGUGUGUCAGUCAAUGGUUUGCUCCUUCUUGUUUCUCAAGAACAUUCCAUUUGAUAAAUAUACCAUGAUUUGUUUUUUGUUCCUUCCAAUCUCUGGUAUUACAAAUAAAACUGCUAUUAGUAUUUACAUGCAGAUCUUUGUGUAGGCAUAUGUUUUUAGUACUUCUGGAUGAAUACUGAGGACUGAAAUUGCUGGGUCUUACAUUAAAUAUAUAUUUAUUCUUAUUAGAAACCAUGAAACUUUUCAAAUUAUAUCAACAGUAUUUAUGAAUUCUACUUACUCCAUCUUCUUUUGUGCUUAGUGUUGUUUUUUCUAAUUAAAAAAAUUAUUUGUGGGGCAGGGUCGGGGGUGGUGGGCAGGCAGAGAAAGAUUUUGCAUUCUCUGGUUUAUUUCCCACGUAUCCACAAUGGCUGGGGCUGGGUCAGGCUGAAGCUAGGAGCCAGGCACUCAAUGCAGGUCAUGUAAGUUGUAGGGACCCAACUACUUGACCUAUCAGCUGCUGCCUUUCAGGGUGCAUAUUAUCAGGUAAGUGGAACUGGGAGCAGAGCUGGGUUUUAAAUCCAAGCACUCCAUUAUGGGAUGUGAUGUCCCAAGCUGUGUCUAAAAUGCUAGGCCAAGUUCCAGCCCCUAUUCUUUCUCAGUUUAACCCUUAAUUGUUGCUGGGUUUCUCCGAUGAGUAAAAUUGUUGAGGGGCUGACAUUGUGGCAUAGUAGGUAAAGCUACUGCAUGUUAUCCUGGCAUCUCAUGUGAGCAUCACUUUGUAUCUUAGCUGCUCCACUUCAGAUCCAGCUCCCUGAUAAUGGCUUGGGAAAAGCAGUGGGAGGUGGCCCAGCUGUUUUGACUCCUGCCACUCACAUGGGAAACCCAGUUAAAGCUCCUGGCUCCUGACUUCAGCCUGGCCUAGUCCUAGCCAUUGUGACCAUCUAGGGGAGUGAACCGGCAGAUGGAAUAUCUCUCUCUGUCUCUGUCUCUCCCUCUCUCUGAACUCUUUCAAAUAAAGAAAUAAAUUUAAGAAAAAAUGUUAAACAUAUUUUUAUGGACUUACCAGCUAAUCUUUCAUUUUGGUUUACAAAAUGUUCAAAUGUUUUACUCAUUUAAAAAUUUGUAUUUUCUUUUAAAAUUAUUUUAUUUAUUUGAAAGGGAGAGUUACAGAGAGGUGGGGGGGAGAGACAGAGAGAGAGAGAGGUCUUCCAUCUGCUGGUUCACUCCCCAGAUGGUUACAACAGCCAGAACUGGUCUGGUCCAAAGCCAGGAGCCAGGAGCUUCUUCUGGGUCUCCUACAUGAGUGCAGGGGCCUUGUCCUCUACUAAAUUCCCAGGUACACCAUCAGGGAGCUGGAUGAAGUGGAGCAGCCGGAUCCAGUGGAACCAGCACUCACAUGGGAUGCCAGCACUGCAGACGGCAACUUAACCCACUAUAUCUUGCCGGCCCCUGUGUUGUUUUUUACAAAUUAUAAAUGAUUUCUAUGCCAGAUACACUUUUUUAAAAAAACCAAUACUUUACAGAUUAUUUUCUGGAAAGAACCUGAUUUGAUUGCAAUCACAUUUAAAUUAUGUAUCCAUUUGGGGAGAACUGAUUAUCUGAAUAAUAUGGACUCUUCAGUCUUUGAGCAGUUGCAUCUCUUUUUGUAUUUAGGCUUUCAUAAUUUAUCUCAGAAAUUUAUAAAGUUUUCAGUGUACAGAUCUUGAACAUAUUUUCUGAAAUUUAUCCUUUAGUGUUUUGGUUUUUAUGCUAUUGUAAAUAGUGGUUUUUUUCUUGUUUUCUUUUUCAAUUAUGUGCUGCUCAUACAUAGAAAUAUAGUUGAUUUUUGUAUGUUGACCAGCAAUUCCAUUGCCUUGCUAAGUUCAAUUACUAGUUCUUUUUCUUUCUGUAAAUUCUUUAGUAUUUUCUGUAUAUUUUUCAAAAAUGUUUAUUUGAGAGAGAGAGAAAGGGAGAGAGGGAGAUCGACAAAUAUGUUCCUAUCUACUCCCCAAACAUCUCCACACCUACUUGGAUGAGGUGGGGUGAAACUGGACCUGGAAACUCAAUCCAUUUCCCCCAUGUGGAUAGUAGCAGGGACCCAGUUACUUGAGCCAUCAUCUGUUGCCUCCCAGUGUCUACCUUAGUCAGGAACCCGAGCUCGAAAUCAAGUGCUAAGCCAAAAGCUUGCCCCUACAUAUUCAGUUAUUAAUCUGUAAAUACAGACAAUUUUCCUGCUUCCUUUCUGAUAUGUUCCCUUAUUUCUGAUGUUGCCUUAUUGCCUUAUUGUCUAGGACUUCAAGUACAAUGUUGAGAAGUGGUAAGAGCAGAUGUCUUAUUCCUGAUCUUAGGAAGAGUGUCUUUCACCAUUGAGUAAGUGUUCUGAGUGUGAUAUUAGUUUCAGAGAUUUUUGGUUUUCUUUUUCAUUUUUGUGUCUUCCCUUUAUACUGGAAAUUUUCCUUCUGUUUCCAAUUUGCUGAAAUUUUUUUUUAUUAUGAAUAAGUGUUAAGUUUGUUAAAUGCUUUUUCUAUAUCUAAUAAUUAUGUGUUUUUCCUCUAAUCUGUUUAUCUGAGGUCACAUUGUCUGAUAUAUUAUUUUCAAAUAUUAAAACAACUUUAUUUUCCUGGGAGAUGGCAUGAUCAAGUUGGGUUUAUUACCCUGUUUUUAUACUGGUGAAUUUAAUAGGCCAGUAUUUGGUUAAGGGCAUUUGUAUCUAUGCGCAUGUGGAAUAUUGGACAAGUUUUAUUUUCUUGUAAUGUCUUUGUCUGGUUUUGGCAACACUGAGAUGGCUCAAAAGUGGUUGGGAAAUCCUCCUUUAUUUUCUGAAAGAGUUUGUGAGGUUCUUGAAUCUUUGAGCUCACCAGUUGUAUCAGUCAGGGUCCAAUGAGGAGACUGAAAUCACACUAAGAAAACUUAAUAUAAAGCGUGGUUAACUAGUAACAGAAGAAGCUCCACUGAGGGAUUCAGAGAACUCCAGAGUACAGAGAGCAGCCACUCCCUUGACCAGGGUAGAGGAACCCGAGCAGGGAGCACAUUUGGAAGAGGUCCUCCUCACAAGGCUGGCAUUCAGGUCCUUUGAAGAUGAUGUGGCUGUGACCCUGGAAUGACAGACAUUUGUUGAGAUGUUGCAUGCUUGAAUUGGCAAGCUUGGUACUGCCGGUGGGGUGGGGUUGAGACAUUGGUUCUGGGUGCUGCUGAAACACCAGGAAGCCCUGCUUUGUGAUGCUGGUUGGGAAUCCACCUUCAGGGGUGUUGGCAAAGGGCCACAGAUGGUAUUUGUCACUGAUUGUCCCACUGCUCCCUGGAGAUGGUUCUUCAUUGAGUGUUUCAAGUGCAACUUGCAGGUAUCUGCCGCAGAAGGAAGAAGCAAAAAGCCAGGUGAGACCUGGAAGAUUAGUUCCUCCCCUUGAAUUGUCCUUCCAGUAACUUAUAACAAAGCUUAAAUGUGCCACAUGUCACAAGGAAAUGUUCACAGAACCCAGCUCCAGUAUCACAGGGCAGGAGAAAGAAGAGUGGAUUGGGAGUCAAGAAACUUUAACACAUAUGACGUAUAUAUGGUUGUUCCAUUAAUUAAUUAAUUAAUUUUUAGAAAAGAGGCAAUUUAUUAACCCUGCAUAAUUUAUUCUAUUGCUUUUUGUUGGCAGCUGCCACCUGUCUCACAAUUCUGUCCAGAUCUCUUUGUACCUGAGAUGUCAGUUUGUGGCCCCGAUCUGGCCUUUUCCACCAUUUUCAGGCCCUCCAAGACUUGGAGGACCCCUGGGCCACAAUUUGGAGCCUUAGUUGAAGUGGCUGGGCAUGUCACUGUUUCUCUGAUGUUCCUGUAGAUAUUGUCAUGGAACCAGUCCCGGUGCCACCCUGAGGUUCUGGUGCUGCAUUGUGGAAGUAGCUAGCAGGUAGAAAUAGUUCUCAUAGGAAGCAAGUUCUUUAUGCUUGGCCACCUUGGCUGUGCCACCUGUUUGAAGACUUGUAGCUUCCCAGGCUGUUUGAGGAAGGCUGCAGAGCUCUGACAAACUCCUGCCAGCUCGUGGUUUUUGCACUGUGCGACCUCCAUGCUGCCUCAGCUUUUAAAUUUCUUAUUGUCAGUUUUGGCAGUUUGUGACAUUCAAGGAAUUUGUCCAUUUUGUCUAAGUUGUCUAAUUUAUUUACAUGAAAUUGCUUGAUUAAAUUAAAAUUUUAAUGUCUGUAAGGCAUUUGUGAGAUAGCUAAAUCAUGCUUUCUCUCUAUUGUUUAUGGCCUAGUUUAAUGUUUUUGUUAAUUUUAUUUACUUUUCUAAAAAUCAGGCUUUGAUUUCUUUUUCUGUUACUUUGUUUACUAUUUUCUUGAUUGUUCCUUAUAUAUUUGGGGUUAAAUUUACUUUUUUUUUUUUUUUUUUUUGACAGGCAGAGUGGACAGUGAGAGAGAGAGACAGAGAGAAAGGUCUUCCUUUGCCGUUGGUUCACCCUCCAAUGGCCGCCGCAGCCGGCGCGCUGCGGCCGGCGCACCGCGCUGAUCCGAUGGCAGGAGCCAGGAGCCAGGUGCUUUUCCUGGUCUCCCAUGGGGUGCAGGGCCCAAGCACCUGGGCCAUCCUCCACUGUACUCCCUGGCCACAGCAGAGAGCUGGCCUGGAAGAAGAGCAACCGGGACAGAAUCUGGCGCCCCAACUGGGACUAGAACCUGGUGUGCUGGCGCCGCUAGGCGGAGGAUUAGCCUAGUGAGCCGCGGCGCCGGCCGGGGUUAAAUUUACUUUUAUACUAGCUUCUUAAGGUAUAAACUUAGAUCUUUGAUUUUGGGUUUUUUUCAUAAUGUAACAAAGAAUACUGAACUAGAGUCCUAAGAUCUUGAUUCAUUAUCAGGUCUACUGCUUAAUUAAUCUGACUUUGGUUGGUCACUAAAGUUUCUGGACUGAAGCUGUUGCUGCCAUAAAUCUAAGAAGUGGGGCUGGAUGAUCACGGAGACACUUGCAGAAUGUAUUCACUAAAGGGAAACAUUUUGCAAGUGAAUUUUACUGUUUUUGAGUAAUAUAGAUAAUCCUCAUGGCAGAGUCCAUUCCUCUGGAUAUGUGACUUGCUUCAAAGUCACUAUUUUUUGUCACUAUAGCUAGUCGAUUGGUAAUAUGAUGGGUCUAAGCAAUGGGAUAUGAUAGAGUCGAGAGAUAGAAGACAUGGUUUAGAAAUCAGUGUUCUACAGUCUUUGCUUUUGGUAGAGUUCCUAACACUCGAUUUUUCUUUUGUUAGUAUUUUACAAGUUUUCUUUAUAUAUGUUAGAAGUAGUAUAUUUUGAUAAUAUUCUGAAAACAGGUUUCCUGCUUAAUUCACACCCAUGAAUAACUUGAAAUUAUUCUAAAACCCUUUCUCCACCUCUUCUUUCUCUUCCUCAUCCCCUCUUUCCUCUCUUCCAUUCCCUCCUCCUCUAACCUCUCCUUUCUUCUCCAAUAAAAUUGAACUUGAUGCUCCACGGAAUUGACAACUUUUACUCAACUAGAAAAAAUGAAAACAUUUUGAGGGAUGUGGAACAUUGUUGGGCAAGAAAUUUGAAAUGAUUUGUUGCAACAGUGUAUUUAUAGUUACCACAGUCACUGGGGGGAUGGAAACAUUAUAGAAUUAAGUGAUUUGAAGAUUAUACUGAAGAGACAGUUUAUUACUUUCCACAUCUGUUUAACAGAUUGCACUAAUUAAUGUUUUUGAAUUGUGUGGUAUAUAUUUAAUACAAUGUGGGUAGUCUUUUUAAGACUGUGUUAAACAUUUUAUAUGUGAGGUGGUCCUGUGCUUUGGGAAUUGGCAUGGACUUUGACAUCUGUUAUUUAGCAGCAGUGGAUUUACUGCUCUAUUUGAUAAACUGGCCAUCAGCCACUCAAUUGGAGCCCAUACUGGACACAGUAGAUGAUAUAAAUUGCUUAUCUGGGUAUUGAUGGUUCUUCACUGUCCUCCCUGCUAGGGUUGCAUGACUUCUGGCCCUGGAAACUCAGAAGGAUUUCUUUAAAAUUUUUAAGAAAUGUAUUUGGAAGACGAAGAGCAAGAGAGUAAGUUAGUGAGAUAGAAAUAGGAGAAAGAGGGAAAGAAAGAGAGAGAGAGAUUGCCUAUCCACUCUUCACUACCCCAAAUGCAUACAACAGACAGGACAGGAGCAGGCUGAAGUCAGGAGCUGGGAACUUGAAUCCAAGUAUCUUAUGUGGGUGGCAGGGACACAAAUACUUGAGUCAUCAAGUCAGUGUUAUGUCCUUCAGGGUAUGCAUUAGCAGGAAGCUAGAAUAGAAAGCAGAUCUAGGACUUGAACCCAGGCAUUCUGAUAUGGGAUGCAGGUGUCCAAGAGGUAUCUUAAUUGUUGCACCAAAUAUUUACCCCUUCAAGAGUUUGCUUAUGAUAUUGUUUGAUGGAGGUGGAAAUAUGGUCAGAUUUUGUUUAAAUUGAAGGUUUCAGGACAUCUCACACCUCUUACCUCUUUCUAAUUGCUCUGAUGACUUGGCUAUGUGUGUGACUACUCCAUAUGUACAACUAAUAAGAACCACAGAACAAAUAGAAUUUACUGCUAGACUGGGUGAGCUGAAGGUUGGGUUCUCAUGUAUAACCCUCUCUUUCCCUGUUGUUGGUCCAAGCCAUGGAUCUCUCCCUUCUCCCCUGAAGUCUCUUUCCACACAUACACUUUGUGCCAGAUUUACAUAGGCUGAGAUUUUCAUUGGCAAUAAUUAAGGUUUGCAAAUAAAAUUAAGAUGCCAGGGUGGUUAAUUUUAUGUGUCAACUAGAGUAAUCCACGGUAGCUAGAUAGUUGGUCAAAUAUCUUCCUAGAUGUUUCUAUGAAGGUGAUUUAUAGAUGAAAUUAAAUUUUAAAUCAGUAAACUUUGUGUAAAGCAAAUUAUCCUCUAUAAUGUGAGCAAGCCUCAUCCAAUCUGUUGAAGAUCUUAUUAGAACAAGGCUGAUCCCUCCAAGCAAGAAGGAAUCCUACGGUUCUGCAUGUAGACGGUCUUGGGACAUAGACUGCAACAGGAUCUCCAACCUACUGGCCUAUCCCACAAGAUUUUGAACUUGCUAAGUCUCCACACUUGUACGACCAAUUCUGUCUCUGGAGAAUCUGGACUGUUAUAGAUGCUUUUUUGAAAUGCAUCUUGAAAUUCUGAAAGAAAACUGCCUUAGAUUUCUUAAUACAGAUCUAAGUUUCUCUGAGUGCAGGGACCUUUGAGAGUUUCUCAUAAAGGGUACAAGAAUGCAUGGACAAUUUUAAUGAUCAUAAACAAUUUGUCAAGUAAAAAUCUUAUAGUUACUCUGUGAUGAUAUUUUCCCCCAGAAGUGUAAAGGGUGUAAAAAUCAUUAAAAAUAUUACGGAUUGCUGAAUUAUGGUGGUAUUUAACUAAAAAAAUGUAAAGCAAAUACUGACUUUUGAAAAUUCUUCUUUUGCACAUUUUAGUGGUAUUUAUCUUUCAACAUAUUCCUUUAGUUUAUUGUUGUUCAUUGAAGGAAGGAGGGCUUGGCCUUUCUUACUUAGAGAGACUUGCUGGAAAGACCAAUUUACUUGUCUUUAACCAAAAUUAAGUAAAGUGCCAGCCGGGGAAUCAUACAGGAGUCUGGGAAAUAUCAUUCAUUCAGCUGGGGGACAUUGACACUUCACAUGAAACCGGGGUUCACUUACUAAGGUGGGAGGGGAAGAUGGAUAUUAAGGUAGGCAGCACACGGCUUCAGUCAGAGAGUACCUGAUUCUGAUCAUGUUAUUUAAAAUCUCAAUCAGUAGAAACACAUUUUGUGUAGUGUUUUCAUUGCUGCAGUUAAAGCUAGCAGACCUGAAGUGUCAUUGCUUUUAGGCAAAAGUACAAAAUAUACAUGCACUUAAAAUUAUCAAGAAGUGGUAAGACUAGUAGGGAUCUGAGAAAUAAUCUGGCACAGCUAGAGGAGAAACUGAAGCCCAGGGAGUACAAGUGACUUAAGUGGGAGUUAAGUGCAUUGGGAAGACUUGAGUAGGAAAUGUCAGCCCACGCUGUAUCUUCAGACCUGGAAUUCCUGUUAUCUCAAGUUCAAUCUAAGUCAGUAUGCCAUCCCACCCUCCUGUGCUGUGUUGUUGCUUCCCAUGUAACAUAAUUGUACAAAUGCCUGCCAUUUGGGAAUCAGCAUGCUCAAGGAAAUGUUUGCAAAUUCUUGCUGUGCCACUCAUAACCAUUUAUUUUUAGCAGUGAAUGGGUUGUUCCCAUUCUUAGCAUCUUGAAGUAAUAAUAGCAGGCAUUUAUUGAGAAUUAGUUUGUAAGCUUCAUGGAAGCAAGGAUCAAGUUGAUUUUAUGCACCACUGUAUCUGUAGCGCCCAGCAUAGCCCCUGAUAUAUGAUACAGAAUGCCACAAACAAAUAGCUGUUGGUUGAGUGGCUGUAAUGUUUACAAGGUGGCAGACAUUGUGUUAAGCACUUCUCAUAAGUUAUCUCAUUUCAUCUUUGGAACAACCUUGGGAGGCAGAUAUGUUUAAAACUAAAAUUUGAAAACAUGCCCAAGGGUACAAACAUAGUGAGUGCUGGGAUCUGAACUGGUCUGUCUGACUCCAUCUUGAAUUACUAAGGGGAACUGGAGGUUUUAGGGUUGCCAUUUUAUUAUCAUAUGAAAGAAUAAAAUGACUUUUAGAGUAAAUGUGAGGAAUUUGAAAAGCUUGACUAGGUGACAUAUUAUCUGGCACUAAAGAUAUAUUUAUUUUGCUUUAUGAAAAAUGGGAAACUGUUAGGUGAGCCAGUAUUUGGAGAGGAGUAGGGUAAGGCAAAUGGUGAAUAAGUCAUUCAAUGCAAUUUCUUUCUUUCUCUCUGUCUCUCUUUCUUUCUUCCGAUUAUUUAUAUUUUUGAAAGGCAAAGUGACACACAGAGAGAAGAGAGCAAGAGAUCUUCCAUCUAUUAGUUCACUCCCCCAAAUAAUUGCAACAACUAGAAUUGGUCCAGGCCAAAGCCAGGAGCCUAGAAUUCCACCUGGGUCUGCCACAUGGAUGGCAGGUAACCUUAUACUUGAGCCUGCUUCACUGCUUUCUCAGGCAUAUUAAUAGGUUGCUGGAUUGGAAGUGGAAUAGCCAGGACUGGAACCAGUGCUCUGAUAUGGGAAGCCAGUGUCACGAGUGGCAACUUAACCUGCCGUGCCACAGUGAUAGCCCCUCAAUUAAAUUUCUACCCUCUCUUGUUUUAGAUGUCAGGAGGCUUUCUUCUGAGCCAUACUCUCAAUUUGAAAAAGCCAUCCUGUGUGUGUUAUCAUAUGUAGGUCACGGAUAAGUGACAUUGAAUUUUAUUCCCAGGACCCCAGGAUGUAUUUUUAAUGGUUCUAAAAUGUUUUUCAAAGGAAAUGGUGAAUUUCUGCAGCAGCAAAGGAGAACAGCAAGCUACAGGAAUGGUCUCUUUGUGACUUUUGCACGCUGGCAAAAGACUUUUGCACUCUUCCAGCUCUGUGACUCUUCCACUUCCAUUGGGAGAGAAUUUUGGUAUUUUGUGUACAUGCCCCAAGGUAUUUCUAAUGCCAGAAACCUGUCUUAGAUACUUUGCUGCUGUGAUCCAGUGUCUCAGAUCCCUAUGGAGAGAUUCAAGACAUUGGAUCUGGGACAGGAUCUCUACAGCAGACCUGUGGGUUCAAUGUGGCCUAGGGAUCAAGUAUUUUAUUAUUAGUGGAUUUGGGCUACAGACUAUGUGGCUGUAUUCCUUUAAGAGUUUUCCCCAGCUUUCACUGUGUUUCCGGAACCUAGAGAAUCUCAAUUCUGGGUACACAUUAGAAACAUCUGAGGAGACUUAAAAUACUGAUGCCUAUGUUCUACCCCAAAGAGUCUGCUUGGAUUUGUUUGAGGAAGGGUCCAGGCAUUAGUAUUUAUUUUAGCAGCACCCUGGGUGUUUCUGAUGUGUAGUCAGGAUUGAGAACCAUUCCUGUUGCCUAGCAAGGCUUCUGUCCCCCAAACCCGUUCCCUACUUCCUGCAUCUUGCAUCAUGUAGCACGAGAGCUUCUGCUUCUGUGGGAGGGCAUUUCUUUAAAAAAAAAAAAAAAACCUUUUAUUUAAUAAAUAUAAAUUUUGAAAGUACAACUUUUGGAUUAUAGCGGCUUUCCCCCCCACAACCUCCCUCCCACCCGCAACCAUCCCAUCUCCCACUUGGGAGGACAUUUCUAAGGACUGUCAGAGAUUGUGUGCUGCACUGGGGAAAGCUAUGGAAAGCACCUAGCAAGCCCCAUGUAACGAUGAAUUAUUUUUAUUUUUAAUUAAAAAAUAAUGAAUUAAGGAAAGAAAGAAAAACCAAGUAUGAACAAGAAAAGUUUUAUGGUUUUUUGUAACCAGUAAAUCCAAAUGCAGUAAUCUCCCAACAAAUGGAAAAAUGAUGCUAAAAAUUAAUGCUUUUCCAGGAAAAAGCCUUAAGAAAAAACCGACUCAAAAGGAGCUGAAAAAAAAAAAAAAAAAAAAAGAAAAUGACCAAUCAUCAUGGAAGAAAUUGAGCCAGUUGCUAUAAAAUAUCAGACACAAACUGUUUUACAAUUGCAUAAUUUUAAAUUAUUGAGGCCCAGAUGGCCCCCAGGCUGUUUGCAAGUAUUUUAGAACAGAGAAAGAGAAGUUUCUGAAUUAUCUUUUUGAAGCAAGCACAAUAUAGGUAUUAGAAAUAGGUGAAGAUAGCACUUAAGAACAGUUAGAUAUGCAGUUUAAUCUUUGUAAGAACAUUGAUAUGAACACCCCAAAUAAUGUUCAAGUGAAUAGGAUCUAGUAAUGAAUUAAAGGAUAGCAUGUGGCUAAGUGAGGUUCAUUUUAACAAAUCAAAGAUGGAUCAAUAGUGGAAAUCUGCUAAUGUAAUUCUUUAUAUUGAUGAGUAAAGGAGGGUGAAAAGCAUUCCUCUCAUUAAAUGUGUCAAAGACAUUUGAUAAAAGUGAAUAUAUGUACUGGAUAAACAGUAAAAUAGUAAUAGAUCAUAGUAGGAAAUUUUCGUGAGUUAUUUCCAUUAUGCCCAGUAGUGAAACACCAGAAUCAUUUUUCAAACUUAGAAAUCAAUGUGGAUACUCACAGCAAUAACACUGUCCUCUAACAUAGGUAGCAAGAGUUUAUUUAAUGUUUUCGAACAGACAUAAAAAUUGUACAUUUUUAUGGGGCACCAUGUGAUGUUUUGACACGCGUAUAGUGUAAUGUCCAAUUGGUAAAUAUAUUUAUCUUCUCAAACAUAUAACAUUUCUGUAUAGUGAGAACAUCAAAGAUCUUCUAGUUUCUUUUUAAAAUAGAGAAAUGUAUAGUAUAUUAGCAUUAUCUAUAGUCAUCCUACUGUGCAAUAGAAUUCCAGAACUUCUUAUUCAGUUAACCCAUCAAUCAACCUUUCCCUCCUUCUUGCUUUCCCUCUUCAGCCUCUGGUAGCUACCAUUAUACUCUUAUCAACUAUUUGAUCCCCUAUUUUUUAGAGUCUACAUGGGAGUGAUAUUAUAUGAUACUUAUUUUUCUGUGCUUCUCUUAUUUCUUUUAACACGAUGACCUCCAGUUCCAUCCAUGCUAUUACAAAUGGCAGGACUUAAUCCUUCUUACGGCUGAGUAGUAUUUCAUCGUGUGUAAAUACUGCAUUUUUGUUAUCCAUUCUCAGUGAAUCAGAACUUAGUUUGUUUCCAUUUCUUGGCUAUUGUAACUAGUGCUGCAGUAUAAUCGGGAGUGCAUGUUUGACAUGUUCAACAGAUUGCUUUCAUUUGCCUUGGAUAUAUUUACCCAGUAGUGAGAUUACUAGGUCAUAGAGUAGUUCUAUUUUUAGUUUUUUGAGGAACUUCCAUACUGUUUCCCACAUUGGCUGUACUGGUUUACAUUCCCAUCAACAGUGUUUAUAACAAGAGGUUUAAUUCCAAGUGAACAGUACUUGUUGUGUGCCUUGUAGAUAGAUCACUGAAUCCCCCCGAAACCUCGCCAGAGAGACUUACUCCCAUUUUAGCAAUGAGAAAGCAAAAGCACGGAGAAGUAACUUCUUUAAAGCCACACUGCUCUUAAGUAGCAGAGCUGGGAUUUGAAUCUCCGCCAGUACUGACCCUUUAGGAAGAAAAUUAAUGUUAUACUUGAAAAUUAAGGAGACUUAAACAAAUGGAGGUCAGAAGACAGUUUUGUAAAGAUGGUAUUUUUCCCUAAGUUUAUUUAUGAAUAAGGUUGUACUUUAAUUGUAUAUCCACUGGGAUUUUCUUAAUCUGAAAAAAUGAUUCAAAAGUUCCUCUAGCGGAAUAGUCAAGAAUAGCAGAGCAGGUGUUUGGUGCAGUGAUUAGGAUGCCACUUGGAAUGUCUGUAUCCCAUAACACUGUGCCUGGUUCGGGUCCUGUCUUCUCUGCUUCUGAUCCAGCUUCCUGUUAAUGUGUACUCUGGGGGGCAGCAGAUGAUGGCUCCAGUAUGUGGGUCUCUGCCACCCAUGUGGGAGACUCAGUCUGAGUCUACUGACCUGACCCAGUUCUAGCCAUCUGGGGAGUGAAGCAGCAGAUGGAAGACCUCUCUCUGUCUUUCCUUUUUUUUUUUUUAAAUAUUUAUUUUAUUUAUUUGAAAGACAGAGUUACAGAGAGAAGUAGAGCCAGAGAGAGAGAAAGAGAGAGAGAGAGAGUCUUCCAUCUGCUGCUUCACUCCCCAAAUGGCUGCAACAGCCAGAGCUGAGCCGCUCCGAAGCCAGAAGCUUUGGAUCUCCCACGUGGGUGCAGGGGCCCAAGCACUUGGGCCAUCUUCUUCUGCUUUCUCAGGCAAAAUAGUGCAGAGCUGGUACAGAAGUGGAGCAGCUGGGACUCGAACCUGUGCCCAUGUGGGAUGCUGGCACUGCAGGCUGGGGCUUUAACAUUUUGCGCCACAGCACUGGCCCCUGUGUGUCUUUCAAAUAAAGCAAACAACAAUAAUGACAACAACAACACAACAAAAAGAAUAGCCAGAAAAAAAAAUCUGUAAAGAAGUGCAAUGAAGCAAGACAAGGUGCUGGCAUUGUGAUAUAGUGGGUAAAGCCACUGCCUUUGAUGCCAACAUCUCAUAUGUGUGCCAGUUCAUGUCCCAGCUGCUCUACUUCUGAUCCAGCUCUCUGCUAUAUUGCCUGGGAAAGCAGUAGAAGAUGACCCAAGUGUUUUCUCUCUAUCUCUCACUCUCUCUGAACUCUGACUUUCAAACAAAUAAAUAAAUCUUUAAAAACAGGAUGUAAACUUGUAAUGCAGCAAGCAUAGAAAUAGCCUAGGAAUAAAUAAAACAUGUAGGCAACAGAAGGAGAAUCAACAUGCUGAGGCUGGAGGGUCAAGUGUGACCAUGCCCAGAGUUUGCACAUCAUCUCUGACCACUUUUGUGCUAUAGCAACAGAGUUGAGUAGUUGCAACAGAGACCACAUAGCUUCUAAAGCCAACAAUAUUUAUACUCUUGUGUUUAUUGGUCUAUUGAGGGUGCUUAAAAACCAGUGGAACUAUUGAGUAUGACAGUUGUCUUAUUCUGCAAUACAUACAAACUUCAAAUAGUAUUAUUAGUAAUAAAAAUAUAGAUUUUAUAAACUUGGAAAGAACAAGUCCCUCCCCCCUCCAGGGAUGCUAUAAGCUAGAAAUCUUAAAGAAAGAGUUCUAACAUAUAUGACUAUAAAUAGAGUGAAAACAGCUUUGAACAACAAAUAACAAACGUGGGAAAAUAUUUGAAAGAAUAUUUAGUGUUUAGUGAUUGAACAUUUUGUGGUCAGCUUCCAGUUAUAGAUUGUAGUUACCGGUUGUAGAACCCACUGUGACUCUUUAAGCAGGAAGGUAUUUAAUAUACAUAAUUUACAUAAUAUGAACAUAAUGUACAUACUUAGAUGAUUACUGAAUCAUUGGGAAAGUCAAAGGAGGAGAUUGCAGAGACAGCCUGCCGAGGCAGCUGCUACUCUGCUUCACCAAAGAAGCUGCUACCUCUUCUGUUGGCCAAUAGCUUGUGAGAUCACAGCUCUGAGCCAACCAUGAGGAAACAGUGGCCAGAGCUACUGGCCAAUCUGAUGAGCCCCCUUGAGUCCACUGACUCCACACAAGCAAAAGUGAAUGCCAUAAGUGCCUCAGGGGCUGUUUCUCUCUCAAGACUCCUGUCAGUAUGUCUGGGUGGUAGAACACCAUCACAUUUGAAGUCUUAGCUGCAAGGGAAUCUAGAAAAUGUCCUUUUUAGCUCCCCUGGAACGGGAGAGGUUAGAACGAGCUGAAAGAGCCAAUGCACUCUACUCCUGUAAAUACGCACCCUGCUGUGUAUGUAGUGCUGUGUAAAGUAAACCAUGAAAAGGUGAGCACUCUAAUUUCACAAACAGGCACAUGAAGACAGGCAACUCAGAAGAAGGAAAAAAUAGGAUCAGUUAAAAGGAGAAGUUGUUCAACCUCAUUAUAGCAAGGGCUGCAACUGAAAUCACCAAAGACAAAUCUGGUGUUGUCUAAGACAUGGGAGAUGAGGCACUUUAGCUCCAGUGUAAAAUCAGACACGCUUUGUAGAGGGUGGGGUAAACCCUCUGAUUUAAGAGGCAUGAGUACACCCAAGUGUGUUGAUCAGAGUGUUGCUUAUCACUACAAAGUAUUAUAAAUGAUCUAAUUGCCCAUCAAAAAGGGGCUGAGUAAAUAACUGAUGGUACAUUUAUAACACAAAAUGCCAUUCUUCCUUUGAAAAAAGAGGCAUUGCUCAGCAGUGGUAUAUCAUGUGACAAUUAAGUGCACACAAACCAUGGAAUCAAAGUGCCUGGAUUCUGUCACUUAUUAGAAUGUAAUCUUUCUUGGAACUUCAUCUUUCAGUGAGUCACAUUUUAUAGAAUAGAGACAAUGACAGCAAAAUAGGCAUAGUAACAGAUAAUAUAGUGCUUGGCUGGGGUUUUUAUGAGAAUUGAAUGAAUUCAUACAAUACUUCUUUUUAGUGUCAACGGAUAUAAAAUGUUAUGUUGGUUGCCAAAGACUGAUGACCAUGACAUGAAAUUUUGAGUAAUAAAGUUUCUAAAGAUCAAUGAUCAAUGAUCCUGUUUUAUAUAAGGAGAAAUGUGCACAUGAACACACACACGUAAAUGACAGAAAUAAGAAAAGAAACUUCUUGAAUGUCUUCAAAGUAUGAACAGAGAUGCUCUUUGCAUGGACAUUUCAUGCAAUUUUACUUCAUUCACACUGUUCUGUAUUUAUAUAUGUUAAAGUAUGUUUGCUGUAAUGUGCCAUGCAAUGCUUUUAAAACCUAUUAAGAAAAACAAAAGACCAAGAUUUAAAUUGCCCUUUAUUAUUUUGACUAAAAUAAGACACAGCUCACUACUGACACUCCCUGAAGAGAAGCCAGGAGUGUCAGCCAAGCCUGGAAACUCACAGUGCUCCAGCAGGGAGCCUAAGGUCUCCUAGCAGGAAUCAGGUGCCAGCUCAGAUCACCAUGGCAACCACAAUGGAAAGUUAAAUAUGGAAUUUUGAAGGAAAGAAGUGCUUCUCUUUAUUAUUAAAGGCAAAGAAAAUCUUUUAAUUUUUAUUUUUUGACAGAAAUUCUCUUUCCUUUACCACCAAAUCCCCAAAACAAGAAUUUCAAUCUUUUAACCAUAGAUCCAGGUGGCAAAUGGAUGAUUUGACGUAUAAGCUCUGUUCAUAAACAGUCCUCAUGGGCAGAUUUUUCCUCCUCUGAUGACCUGUAGACUCUAUGUAGAUGAUUGUUUAAUAAGCAUGUUGGUCCUGAGGCAUCCAAAUGAGUGGUAUCCUCUUCCAAAUAGUAUUAGUAAGUCUUUGAGCUAUUUGUAAGUUGCUUUGGAGCCUGGAUGAGGAGGAACUCCCACUUCUGCAGCUCUGACCAAUGAUGGUUUAGCUUCUGCCUGACUCCUCUAGUGACAGGUGUCCCUACUCAUCCAGAAAGAUUGCUUCAUUGUAAGAAAGUUCUAAUAAUUAGAUACAAUUUGUUUUGUGCUCCCAAAUUUGCCUUCUAGAACUUCCACCAAGAGAAUCUAAUUCUAGAUCUGAAUCGACUCUGAAAAAAAUCUAAUUUAAGUCCCUCUUCAAAGCCUUUCAAAUAGAUAAAGGCCACUGUCAUGGACCACUUUGGGACGCAGCAUUUCUUUAUUGUCUUUGACAGGCUAUUUUAGGAGUUGUUAGGUAGUAAGGGUGUAACGAAUCACAUCCCCCCUCCGCCUUUAUAGUAUUGUUUCAAAAAACUGAUCUAGUCUCUGCUCCUUCUGAUCUAGUUAUUUUUCAAAAAUCACUGCAAACAUCGUGCCCUGGGUUUCCUGAUUUGCUCAAGAGAGCUUCUUGCUCUGUGACUGCUCCUUCUUCCUGUGGUAUGAGGAUUUUCUUUCAGAUCCAUGUCCUUUCUAAAACCAAUAGUCACUAGUAGAGUCGAGGUUCAGGUGCUGUCUGUCUCAGCUUCCCAAGUGCCCAUUCUACUCUGAGACUCGAUAAGUAUCAAAUGGAUGCUGUAGCUUGUACAGAGGAGCAGGGAGACAAGACUGCUAUAUCUGUACAUCUACCAGUGCAUCCUAACAUGAUAUUUGCUUCUUGGUCUGCUCGUUGUGAGGGUAGUGACUGCUGUAACAAAAUACCGUAUAUUGAGUGACUUAAACAACAGCAUCUAUUUCUGACAGUUCUGGGGGCUGAGAAGUCCAAGAACCAGGUACUGCCAGCUCCAGUGUCUGGUGAAGGCUGGUUUCCUGGCUUUUGGACUGUGAUCUCACAGUGGCCUCACAAGAGGGAGUGUAACCCAGUUGUCUGGUGUCUCUUCUCAUAAAGGCAUCAAUUCCAUCACAAGGGCCCCACCUUCAUGAUGUCAUCUUAAUCCAAUCAUCUCCCAAAGACAUCACUUCCAAAUACCAUCACAUUGGGAUUAGGGCUUCAAUCUUUGAAUUGAAAUCUAUUGAAUUCAAUAGGUGGAGGGAACAUUCACUUCCUAGAAGAGAAUGUGUUUAGGCUCUGACACACUUGAGUUGUCCUCUUCUACCAACUGAGAUGUCACAGCUCCAGUCAGAGACACAGAGAAAGCUUCUGAUACUAAGAUCCUGAGAAUGCAGCCACAUCUGUGGGACACAUCACUAGAUUUCCAUAUUCAGUCCAGUGAUGGAUGUGCUGCAGGGCAAGGUGGAUAAAAUCUUGAAAUCUGCCACCCUGGAUGGCAGGUUUCUCAUGGAGUAAAAACUGCAGCUACCCCAAGAAGUGUAGGAAGCAUUCUGGCUUUCACAUGGAGACAAAAACAAAGGACUGAUCUUUCCUGAGCAGGAUCCCUUGUGAUUACACUGGACCCACCUGAUAAAAUAAGCAGUGUUAUUUCCCCGUGUCAAGGUCCUAAGCUUAAUCAUAUCUGUGAAGUCUUUUGCCACAGUGGGGCCAGUGCUGUGGCACAGCGGGUUAAAGCCCUGGCCUGAAGCACCAGCAUCCCAUAGGGGCACUGGUGCUAGUCCCAGUGCUCCUGUUCUGAUCCAGCUCUCUGCUAUGGCCUGGGAAAGCAGUAGAAGACAGCCCAAGUCCUUGGGCUCCUGUAUCCACGUGGAAGACCCAGAAGAAGCUCCUGGCUCCUGGCUUCUGGCUUCUGAUCAGCACAGCUCCGGCCAUUGCACCCAUCUGGGGAGUGAACCAGUGGAUGGAAGACCUCUCUCUGUCUCUACCUCUCUCUGUAACUCUGUCUUUCAAAUAAAUAAAAUAAAUCUUUAAAAAAUACCCUAUAGGUAGUUGUGAUUAAUGUCUCUCAUAUAUAAAUGAAAUGAAACUUUGGGAGGUUAAAUUGCUUUCCAUAAGACAGAUAGGUAGUAGGCUGUGUCUGUAGGAUUCAAAUCUGGUUCUGUCUAAUUUUAGUUACUAUGCUUUAACCACUGCACUGAUCAAAGUUGAGGGACAUUGAAAAGCAAUAUAAGACCCUGUAGGGGCUGGCACCAUGCAUAGUGGGUAAAGCUCUUGCCUGCGGUGCUGGCAUUGCAAAUGGGUGCCAGGCUUGAGUUCCAGUUGCUCCACUUGUGAUC